CUUCAUUGCAAUUGUUGCGUCAAAGUCUUGCAGAACAAUAUUAUUUUGGUGUUGUGUGUAUCUCAUUUUUCACAUUUGCAAAUAGAAAAAAAAAUUCUAUAUUGUUCGAGGCUGACGAAGCGGAAUAAAGAAGAAAAGAGUUGCGAUCAAAACGAACGAAUUUUGCGGUGCACUCUUUUUAUUUCGAUUAUUGAAAUCAGGCCAAUUUUAUUGUUUUGGGCAAAGAUUAGGAAUUAAGUGUUCAGAAAAAAUGAACAAGCUGAAAUCAUCGCAGCGUGAUAAGGUGAAGAAGUUUAUGGCAAUAACGCAAACGGGCGAACAAACGGCCAUUUUUUGUUUGCAAAACAACGAAUGGAAGUUGGAUCAGGCUAGUGAUAACUACUUUCAACAUCCGCAAACAUACUACCGGGAUUUGGACCAUAAAAAGAUCGAACAAUUGUUUCGACGGUAUGAAGACCCAAAUGAUGCGACAAAAAUGAACAUGGACGGUGUAUGCCGUUUUUUGGAUGAUUUACGACUUGAUCCAUCGUCAAAAUCGGUGUUGAUUAUUGCGUGGAAAUUCCGAGCCGAAACACAAUGCGAAUUUACACGCACCGAAUUUGUUAAUGGUUUUAAUGAUUUAGCCGUAGAUAGUAUAGAUAGCUUAAGAGCAAAAUUACCGUCACUAGAAACUGAAUUACGGGAUUCGAACAAAUUCAAGGAUUUCUAUCAAUUUACGUUUAGCUAUGCGAAAGAGGACACACAAAAAGGUAUCGACUUGGAAAUGGCCAUCGCCUACUGGAACAUUGUACUCAAAGGUCAGUUCAAAUUCCUUGACCAGUGGUGCGAAUUUCUGAAGAACAAUCACAAGCGGUCCAUUCCGAAAGACACGUGGAAUUUGCUGUUGGACUUUGCAGCACACAUCGAUGACAGUAUGUCAAACUACGAUGCGGAAGGUGCGUGGCCGGUGUUAAUAGAUGACUUUGUCGAAUGGUUCCACACGAAUUAUCAGCGACAAUCGGUCAUCAGCCAAUCGAGCAGUGGCAGCAGUGGCAGCGGUAGCUAUCAGGAAAAACCACACAGCAACAUGUACUGCGGCUAAAAUCGAUUCAAUUGGAUCGUUUGACACACCAACACCUCCCUCCUCUUUAGAAGAGAAAAAAAAAAUCAAUUUGUUUUCUUUAUUCUGCAUAUUAUUUUCCAAAUGCGUCAGUCUUAAUGUCAGCCUCUUUUAUUAUCCUCGUUACUACUUUAAAUCUUUUAACAAUUUGGCUAUGGCGUUCUAAUGGAGUUAACACUUCUCUUUUUUUUUGUUUUUUUUUUAUCAUUGCACCUUCGUUAUUUCUCACAAAUCGAGCUUCAGUUUAAAUUUCUCAUUAUUGGAUAGAAUGACAAAACCACAUUCAACAAUGAAGUUCAAAAAAAGAAAGAAUACGAAGAAAAAUUUAAGAGAAAAAAAAAAUGUGAAAUAAAAUUUUCAUAUUUACAUUUAUUACGAAAUUUGAAAUACUGAAAUGAAACAUGAAAUGAUACAGAGUUAAACAAAACCAAUUUAUUUGUAAGCUUAAAUGAAAAACAAAAAUCUAUUGAAAUAAGAACAAUUAUAAAAUGAUGAGACAAA